AUGGAGGAAACCCAUGGAACAAUAUAUAGCGUUCAUCUUGGUUCCACGAAGAUGUAUCACGACAUCAAGGGAAUGUACUGGUGGAGUGGAAUGAAGAAAGACAUUGCGGAAUUUGUGGCUAAAUGUCCGACUUACUUCAGAGGUAGGUGGGACACCUAUCUACCUUUAGUCGAAUUUGCUUACAACAACAACUAUCUUUCGAGCAUCGAGAUGGCUCCGUACGAAGCACUAUAUGGGCGUAAGUGUCGAUCCCCUAUUUGUCGGGAUGAAGUCGGAGAAAGAAAGCUAGCUGGAGCAGAGAUUAUCCAAAUUACUUCUGAGAAAGUACCGUUGAUUAAGCAACGUCUGAACACAGCAUUCAGUCGACAGAAGAGCUACGCGGAUCCCAAGAGAAAAGAUAUCGAGUUUCAAAUCGAAGAUUACGUUUUUCUCAAGUUCAAUACGACAAUUGCGAACAAAGAAGAUUCUGAUGGUGAAAGUUUUUUGGAGAAGUCAGUCUAUAGAAGAAUACACGUGGGAAACCGAGGAGGAUAUGAAGCAGAAAUUUUUGUACUUAUUUAUUCAAGAUUAGGAUGUUAUUUGGAUGUUGGAUAA